ACAGAGCCUGUGGAGGUGGGGCAGCGUGUGGUGUGCCCACGUCCCUGCUCUUGGAAACCACAUCCAUCCACCUGUGCAGCAGUGGUUGUGAAACGGUACUCUUGGCCGAGUCUCGGAAGAGGGACUGUGAGACCCCCCAAGAGCCUCACAGCCCACUGACACAUUUCUGGAAUGUUCCUCGAGCUCACACUGCGCUUGCUCAGUGAUGCAGAAACCCCCGCCUCUGUGGGCAGGCACUCAUAGCACAAGAGGAGGAAGGGGUGCAUUUUGAGUGCGUGCCCACUCCUGGAGGAUCCCAACUACGAGCAGAAGCCAGCGCUGGAUCCAAGGGUGGUGGCCACUUCAAAUCCAUUGCAGCAGUUAGAAACUGUACCAGUCAGUAGUAAUUUCCAGUAAUGCUUUUUAUGCAGCCAUCUGCACAGGUGAGCAGUGAGCAGACAAGAAAGCAGCAGAAAACAAGGUAGCCAAGCGUAAACCACACCAUUUCUGCUGACCAAGAUCAGCAUCAGGGUACAAGGAAAGAGGCAAUGUCUUCCGAAACAACUCAACAGGAAAGUCAGACAUCUCCACUAAUUCCAACGGGAUGGCCGAUGUUUUAUUGUCCCAUCUCACAUGCUCACGGUGCUGGAGAAAUUGCAAGGAUCCGUGCAGAAUGCAAAAAAGAAAGUUUCUGGUACAGAGCUCUUCCUCUGUCUCUUGGGAGCAUGCUUGUCACCCAGGGGCUAGUCUCAAAAGGCUUUUUUGCAGCAAACCCAAAAUUUGGUGCAUUACCUAAGAUGGCAGUUGCUGGUGUCUUAGGUUUUGUCAUUGGAAAGGUGUCAUACAUGGGAGAAUGCCAAAAAAAGUUCCAGAAAAGCGGUAUUGUGGCAUUUGGUCCUCAACACAAGAGGCAUUGUCAUCACAGUGAAGAAAAGCUGAGAUCAAAUGAAGAAGGAGGUGCAGUUCCUUCUGCACCUUAGUCCCAAAUGUGGUGAAGAUGAUAGAAAUCUUACGGAUCAGUUGCUUCUUUCAAGGCUUAAUUCUGCAGAGACGAAAUAAUGCCUUUGGUUUGGUCUAAAUCUGCUUAUUUGUAGUAGCUGCGUAAUGUCACACAGUUCUGUUCAUGGUAAAUACCAGUUGAUUGUCAUACACUUGUUGGUUUUUCCUCUUUUCUCACUUCUCAGCACGUUUUGGUUAAUUUUUCUGCCUUCAGUGCAGUUUAUCACUGAAAAAUGAAUAAGUCUGUUGUACUUAGAUGCCAGCAAUGGCUCGUGUAGCACACAAAGCGGCGUGCGCCCCAAUCUUUGUCUCCUACAUCAAAAAGAAAGUGUGCAAGGAUCUUGAAAGGAUUUUGCAGAGUUGAGCAGCUCUUCAGUCUCUGAGCUGAGUUCUCACUUAUGGAGUGCUGCCACUAAGGCAGAAGUUUGUUAUGGUAUGGUCACGCUGCAGUUACUGUGAUGAACCAACUUGUAAAAGGCCAGUUUUACAUAAAAGUCCACUUUGCCAGGGGUAUCUAAAGCACGUGCAACGUUCAUACUGAACCAGAAGAUACAAUAUUUUAUGGUUUGCACACAACCUAAGGCUGGCAGCUGUUGAGAAAAAUGUAGAUGUCAUGCACUAUAUACAGACAGCAUGGCAUACACAUCCAGAGCAGAAAUGUUGCCUAAAUGUGGUGAGGCGGUUGACAUGGAAAUAAAAUGUACAGCUACUGAGAAGUUUGGGCUGUACUCCUCUCUUGCUGAAACCUGUUCUAUGCAGGCUAUUUUUUGUUUGUUUAUAUGCUAUGCCUGUGAUCAGGCACUUGCUUCUGCAAGCAAGAUAUAUAGAACGUAAAUGUAUAAAGUAACAGUUAAUUGGUCACUACACAGAAAUGACAUUCUGGAUUUAAUGAGCCAUUAGGCUAAAUAAACACACAGCACCCUGAUACGGUACUGAGAGAGUCAUCUUUCCUAACCAGGCAGAAGGAGAAGAGUUAGACUAACUAGCCUCCUGGUUGUUUUUUCCCUUUAAGAUUUUAUAUCGUUCCAAAUUAUGUUUGACCUUCCAAGUUCUUGAGCUACUUAGAACCUCUGUCUCAAGAGGGGCUUUAGUUUUACACUUCCUACCUUCCAAUGGACUUUGUUCAUAGCUCUUCCUUGGCACUCUGGGUCAAGGAUAUGCUGCUGUGCUGUAGCAGAGCUGAUGCUUGUGCCUUGGGGAGUCUUCAGCUGGGGCUACAGGGAGCCAGGUUUACACAACCACAGAGAAGCCCACCUCCUUUCUGAGAAGAAUGUCGUGAUCACCAGUGUAGAGCAAUAGGCAGCAAAACUCGUACGGUGACAUCUCGUAGCUGCUUUCCCUUCACCUGACAUCUGCUGUUGAGAUAACAGCGAGAUGCUGCACCAAAGUCAGUCACGCCUGGGUCAUCUGAGGCAAGCCCUGACACUCUAUGAUGGAGGGUGAUGCAUGUGACACAGGACCUUUCAGGUCAGGCUCUCAAAGGUUAUUAUUGUGGUCAGUGUUAUAUCCUGUUAGACACUUUAAGUGGAAUUUGAUUCAGGCUUCCUAUUUCUUUGCUCUAAUAAAUGUAGUUAUAUUAAAAA